GUCUGAUGGGUAAACCCUUGAAGAAUUGUUUCCAAAACACAGUGAGUGCUUGGAGGGGCAGAGGCAGAGGGACUCCUGCAAUCCACUGUCUCAGCUGGAAGGUUUGGGACAGCAUCUUCCUUCAAAGAUCCUGGAACUGAUUGGUGAGACAUUGAUUGAAAUGGAUGCUGCAAGAUUCUGGGCUGUGUUGGACCGCACUUGUCGGAUCCUUGGGAUUCUUACUGCUGCAGUGCUCCUAGGAGUUGGAAUUGAUACUGCAGUUGAAGGGCAGUUCACAAAACUGGCUGUUUACUUGCUAUUUGCAGCAGCAGUACUUACCAUCUUGGAGUGCCCAUAUUUUAUUGACAUUAUGCUUGUCCACCGUUGCCCCUAUUUAUUCCAGAAAGCAGAUAACAAGGUUUGGAAUCUGUGGAAGAAGGCUCUCCGACCCAAUGGAUUUCAGAAGUUCCUCACAUUCAUCUUUCUGUCUGUGGCUUGCUUCUUACACCCAGUUCUGAUCUGGCACGCGACUAUUCCAGGCACCAUGUUAAUAGUGAGUGGUCUCGCAUACUUUGUGCUCAACCUGAGGAAAAAGUUUCAAGUAAAACUCCCUGCGGGGUCAGGUAAGGCGAGGUGCCCCCAGGAGUACGCCACUGCCGUGAUCCUCUCGGAGACUGGAGAGAUGGAGCAGACAUACAGCUUCCAACACCACUCUGGGAAGAAGAGGUUAGCUCUGAUAAACCACAUGCGAAAUAUCUUCAAACUCGGUGAUGAGAGACGCCCAGCCAGUGAACCCACUGACAGCACUGUCAGAAAUCCAUCCAGGAGCACAAUGAACAAAGGCCCAUUGUUUGAGGAAAGUGCUAUUAAAGUGAUCCUGUCUGAGCCUGGUGACCUGGAAGAGACAGAGCCAGAAGAGACCACAUCUGACAAAGUUCUGAUUAUACCCAAGUGAGAGUGUAUUUUUGGACCACAGUACACAAACACACAGAACACACACAUUCUGACAGAAUAUUCACAUCAGUGCACUGGUUGUUUCAGAGUUUAUUCAGAAAAGAAGAUUCACUUUCCCAGAGAACUUUCUGGACUUCAGAUGUUGCCGCUGCUGAUGUACUUUUUCAAGUGAGUUACUAUUGCAUUGUAGGCAGCCUUUUUGUGCACAGCAAGCUCCCACAAUUAGCGGCAAUUUUAUUGGGCUGUUAAUGUGUUUUAUGAUGCUAGUGGGGGAAUGAAUAUUGACCACAGCACCAUGAGAGAUGAGUGCUACUGGAUGUUACACCAGAUGGGACAUCAGAUCUAUGUUCCCUUCGACAGACUGAACCUCUGAUGAAGCAGCACUCCCCCAACACAACACUCAAGGUAAACUUGAACCUACAACCUACCACUGAGCCAAGCUGGCACCUAUGUCCACCAGCACUAAAGCUGUGAUGGUUGUAGUGUGAUUGUGGCAGUGUGGGACCAUCUGCUGGUGUUUGGGGGAGGAUGGGGUGAGUACUGAAUGGAAGCUGCACUCUGCCCCUGCCCCCUGCCCCCUGCCCCCUGACCACCAGGGGAUGAUCAGAGCAGGGCCACAGUUGUCACCUCAGACUGGAGGUAGGUGGAUCAGCAACAGUGGAACACACACUACAUUCACCUGGCGCCUGGGGAGGAAAAGAAAGGGAUUUCAUACCCUCAGCUGAUGAAAUUCCAGGAGAAAAUUCCUGCUGGUUUGUAACGAUGUGAACCUGAUUUGUGAAUGAAUUUGUAACCCGGCCGCACGUAAGGACAGGAGAAAGUCUCCCCUCCUGGUUGGUCCUCAUUGUUCUCUGCAUCAACGAUUCAUUGGAUAUAGAAUUGCUGAUGUUUGUGAGUUCAACAUGGGCAUCACUUUAGUCGGAUUUUGUUGGUAUCCUCUGUCCAUUGGUACCCUUGUGUUUCCCCUCCCUGUGCCCAAAGCCCUUUCCUCUUUACUUGUGAAGCAGGCACUUUCAGGUGGUAAAAAGAAUGAUUAGUUCUGCUUGCAUUCCCAAUGAAAACAUGUUCAUCUCGUUCUGUCAGCAGGAGGGAGAGAGCUGGUGCGCCGUUCAACAUUUACAGGGCCUUGGGAAAUGGGCAGAGAUAAUCCACACUGAACAUAAAUUGCAUAAGAUUUUCUUUUCUUCCAUAUGAUGUUUUAUUAAAAAUGUGGUUACA